AUGAAGAUACUGGUUUUCACUGGAUUGCUGUUUCUUACCUCCUGUUUUUUCACAACCGCUUCCGAAUUUUCACUGAAUGGCUCUGCAAUUAAAACAGUGUCUCUUAUCAAGACUUUCCGUGGAAUUUCAGCAAGGGACUACGAUUACAUCCCCCCUUAUGCUAUAGAAGGGGAGACGAAGACCAUCCAUAUCAGAGAACACAAAUGCUCUUCAAAAAAGUCAAAUGACUCCACUUUAACAGAAGUGAACAACACCACGUUAGAGUACCUGACCAGUUCUCUGAGUACUAAGCUAAUACCUGCUGUCUACCUCAGUGCUGUUUUAUUUGGUGUACCAUCUAAUGCCAUCAUUUUGUGGAUGCUGCUUUUCCGGAUCCGGUCCGUAUGCACUGCUAUCCUCUACACAAACUUGGCAGUUUCAGAUCUGCUCUUCUGCAUCAUGCUACCCUUCAAAAUAGUGUACCACAUCAAUGGAAACAACUGGAUUUUUGGGGAAAUGAUGUGUCGAACUACCACUGCGGUAUUUUACGGCAACAUGUACUGCUCCAUUCUGCUACUUACAUGCAUCAGUGUCAGCCGCUACGUGGCCAUCGUUCACCCCUUCACUUACAAGAACCUGCCAAAACGUGCCUAUGCCAUCGCAGUUUGUGCUACUGUGUGGACCAUCGUCUUCUUGUACAUGCUCCCGCUUUGCAUAAUGCAGCAAAGUUACUACGUGAAGCAACUAGGCAUUUAUACCUGCCAUGAUGUGCACCAUGCCUGUGAAACAGUAUCUUCCUUCCAGUUCUACUACUAUGUUUCUUUAGUUAUCUUUGGGUUUUUAAUACCUCUUGUGACUAUUGUUUUCUGCUACAUCUCAAUUAUACAAACACUCAAGACUCAUGAAUGGUUCUGGUACGUUAAAGUCAGUCUUUUGAUCCUUACUAUCUUUGCUAUUUGCUUUGUGCCAAGCAAUAUUAUCCUUAUUAUCCAUCACAUUAACUAUUACUACUAUAGCACAGAUGGGUUGUAUUCUUUUUAUCUAAUUGCUUUAUGCCUUAGCAGCUUAAACAGUUGUCUUGACCCUUUUCUUUAUUUUCUGAUGUCCAGAAUCAGAAGUCAAUCCAAUAUUUAUCUAACAAUGGUUAAAGUAUCGAGAGAGAAAUGAAAUUAGUUCUAUAUUUGCAUUAUUGGAAUUAGGUUUUUGUAUAGUGUUAAUCCAUGCAGCAACAAACCUCAGGUGCAAUUAAA